AUGUUUCAGCUGUGUUUCUCACUAUCGAAAACCCCAGUGCUCAAAAACGAAAAAAGUGACAAGUGGUCUGAAGGUAUCGAAGAGGCUGUGCGUGCGUGUCAACUCACAAGCGCUGUCCGGCCACUGCACCGCGCGGUGGCUUUUGCCUGCUUCCUUUCGGACCUGAGCCAUACACCACUCCUUAUGCGCCCGGGACCUCCCAUCUUCCGACGGAUGGCCCCUGGCGACGCAGCGCUUGGCACGGACGCUCGGUCGCCGAAGACAGCGACACGCACAGGACUCCUCCUCUCACUUCAUCCACACUUGUCUACCGCCAAGAAGCUGGCUCACAGACGCCCGCCACGACGCCCGGUGGUUCCGCAAAAAGCGAGAGCGUAUAUAACAUACGAAGAGGACGGGCUAGCGAUGUGGUCGGCGGGCAGCGCGCGCGUAUCGCUCUCUCCGCGUUGUGUGUACAUGUAGGAAAGAAAGCUAUCAGGCAAAGGGUUGAAAAAUAGCAGGCUGAAGUUUUUCAAUGAUACCUGGAUAAAAUCUUAAGUCAAAUAGUUGCGUAAUUCUUCUUUAUAAGUUUAUUUUAAUUAUUUAUCAUCCUCACGGCAUGGAUGAUAUUGUUUUCGUGCUCUGUUGCAUCAGUAUUGAGUGUUAAAAUCUUCUUUCCGAACCAUUUGUGUUUGAACUUUUUGCACGUUAGGUGAAUGGAUUUUUAAUAUGCAAAAGGUCCAAACACAAAUGAUUUAGAAAUAAGAUUCUCCUAACACUCAAUAUUUCUUAUCCCUGUCUUUCAAAAAAUUAUUAGAUGUUGAGAAAAUGCGUCUUCCUUUACAUAUUUUUCACUUGUUGUCAGUUUUCCAAUUAUGGUCUUAAAAAAAUCUUUAUCAACAUUCGUGUAGGCACUGUUUACUUCAAAAGUAAACGCGCUCUGUUGCAAACGAUAAAAAAAAGAGUUUGUUAUUCCAGCAUUCACAUGAAAAAUUACUGCAAUUCUUAUCACGGCAAUUUUUUUGAACUUUUUUUGCAGGCGACGUAGUGAAAAAAACGCCAGGUCGAUAGUAAACCUCUUUCAUUCGAUGUCACAGCCGAAUGUCUAGUGCACGCACAACGUGUCCUCCACUUUGAUUUUCUCGGUGUGGCAUAUGCGCUCUUUCCCCGCUGUGCGGCCGUUGCGCGUCGCAGUGUACACGGAAAAUCGAUAAUGGCAUUCCACGGCCAGUACCUUCUUUUUUUAAUAGUUCCGUCAUUUUAACUAUUCAUGCGACGAGUUGAAGCAAAUGUGCUGCAAAUCUGCUCAAUUCCAAACAACUAACACAUCGAGUUACUAUGCAACAGUUCCGCUUUCCGCCUGCCGUCUGCAGUCUUCCGUCUUCCGUAAAAAAAAUUUUCUUCCGUCUUCCGGGAUUUGUUCUUCGUACCGUAAACGAGAUAGCUUUUCAGAAGCCAUUCACUAGCCCCGAAGAACGCGAAUUUCCACGGACAGGCACCCAUAUCCAAAAUUUUUGUUGCUUUAGUUAUUUUUUUCAAAAAAAAAACCGGAAAAAAAGUUCUGCAUUGACGUUUUCUUCCGUCUUCCGUUUUCCGUCUUCCGGGAAAAAAAUUAUGUUCUGUCUUCCGUAAAAAAAGUUUUCUUCCAUCUGCCCUCUUCCGUCUUCCGGAUUUCAAAACUCCAUUUCCGCUCAACUCUGCUAUGUAGCCAAUUCAAAUUAGCGAUCCUUCCCGUAGAAUUUAUAUUUUGAUACGUUUUAUGUGUUUCAGGUAGAACAGCCAAAAUGAAACGAUUGGCGAAGGACACUUCCUUUGGUCCAACUAAUGGACUUAAGGAACCGAAACCAGAACCCGAAGACGAUUUGGACUCCUUCAACUUCGCGAAUGUAGGUGUUUUCGCUUUACAAUCAUUAUCUAAUCCUUGUGAUUAAAAUGCUAUGUCUUCAUAAUUUUUCUUAUAUUCAGGGUCACGCGGCCAAUUCUUAUGAGCCUAAAGAAGAACCAGCUGAUGAGACUGCGAUAGGAAACGGGUAUCAGGUAAGCAAACAACGCUGUAAUGUGUAAAAAUGUUAGUUUUCCAGCAAAAAUUCGAAAAUUUGAUUGAUCGCGUUCCGAAAGAAGAUUCAGAAGCGGGAGCAAACCCAUCGUCUGGAUCUGAAAAUUCAGUGAUCAAUACGAGAGACGAACGGUUUGGAAGGGUAUUGGAAUCCGGAAUUAAAGAGGAGCUCAAGUCGGAAACCAUUGAAAGCAGACUGGACAAAGUAGUAAAAGCUGAAGUGCCAGAUGAGGUGAGAUUGCCAAUUGGAUAGUUCGAGCCAAAGAAUUUCCAGGGUCUCGCAUCAGCUUCUAAACCAUUCGAACUUCCCAGAAAUUCCAAGAUACAUGAAAAUUCUUCAGGAGAGAAAAAGCCGAAAGACGAGCCUGUGGAUGUUAGUACUUUUUUCUACAACAUCUUACGCGCAAAAUUGCCUUUAAAUUCCAUACCAGUGGCAAUGCCAAUGGAAUUUUCCAGGAUCCGGCCCGGGCUUUCCGAGGACCGGUCUUGGCCUAGACUUUUGAACCACUUGCAAUGUUCCGACUCUACCGAAACUCUGCAAGCUUCUUAUAUUUGGAUUGAAGUAUAUUGGAUCCAAGUUUCAGACAGAUCGGAUUAUCUGGUCCCGAGAUAUUUAAAGUUUCGGCCAAAAUAGGCCCUCCGACACGGUAUCUUGAGAGUAAAUCAUCCGAUCGGUUUGAAACUUGAACCAAAUUUUGUUAAUCCAAGUUUAAAAAGCGUGCAGAGUUUUGAGUCCGUUCGGAAAAUUUCAAUUAGUUUAAAAGUCCAGGCCAAAGCCAGCGUAAUCCAGUGUGAUCUCGUUCUCUAAAGAAGUAUCAUCGUGUUUUUCCAGGUUCCUCCGCCGGUGCCGGUACCCAUGUGGAGGCCAAAUGUCCGGUCGCUUGCAGAUUUGGUCGAUAAUGAGGACGUCAGUGAUAACGACGAUAUCGGCCUGGGCAAUUCGAUACUGUUUGAUAGAUACAGAAAAAUCAAGAAGAAACCAUCUCGUGGGCCUCUCGUUCGCUCUGUCGCCAGAAAUUCCUCAACUGACGAAGAAAAUGGUAUGUUCACUGAUAAGCAAAAAUCAUAAAAAAUAAAUCAAAAUAAAAAAUGAUGUUAAUAACACUUCAUAAUUAUCCCCACUUUCUAGGUGGCAUUUUUAAAACAAAUUCAACAUUUUUUGAAAAUGUGCAAUUAUAUCGUCUAGUUCUUCUAUCAUUUUGUGGGAUUCCUAGCACUGGUUAUCAUCUGGAAAUCCCAUGUCGGUGUCACUUUGGUUAGGGAAAAACCCGGAAAUAGAGCAGUUUUGUAUAGUAUCUAGCCACUUCGAACAGAAAAUUGCGAUUACAGACUUCUACGAAAAUAACAUAAGUGAUGAUGAAGGCGACAAUGAUGAUGAUGAACCGCAGGCGCAAGGACAAAAAAAACCGAUGUCACAUUACAAGUACAGAGCGUACUUUAAUCAGGAAUACGUGAAGAAUGUUCAUCCAUCCAUACAAGACAUGCUGAAAAUGGCGGAACAUUGCGGAGUCAGAUACCGUACAGUCUGGGAGAGCUACGUCGAAAAACGAGCAAGGCAGCGGGUGAAGUGUCAGAAAGACGACCAUUGCACGAAGAUUUCGCUGUUUUUCCUUCGAGAAAAGGAGAAUAUGGCCUAUGCAAAAAUUGAUGAUGCCGUGAGGAGUGUGCUGGAAGAUGAAAUUGAAACGCAUCUUCUUUCUCGCAAAAGAUUCAGCUUGGGUUAUGUUCACUUGGUGAGUGUUCGUUAGUCAUUUCAUUAACGUGUAAGAAGCCCAAACACACGGGGGGAAAGAAGAUUCUUCUAACACUCAAUAAUUAUACAAUCAUUUCAGAUAAUGGAAAAAACAGACUUGGCACCCUCUUUCAUUCGUGGUCAGUACGAAGGUUGGAAGAAGAAACUGCUCACAAAAGACCGUGACGACUACAGAAUCAAAGAUUGGAAAAGGGAAAAUGAAACGACAAACAACAUGUUUUCGAUUGAAACGUUACGUAGAUUGGAAGAAGCGUAUCUGAAGAAAAAGUAUCAGAGCACGUACAAAGAUUGGGUCCCGAAGGAGGUCAAGGAACUUGCUGAUCAGCUUGGACUCGAAGAAAAGCACGUGUCCAACUGGAUGGAGAAGAGAAGCGGAGCUGUGCUCGGUCUACAACACGAUAUCAUCGAGUAUAGACGGGCAAAAACUGCAAGUAAGAAUGCGGCCAAAGGAAGAAAAUUACCAAUCCACAAAACCAAUGUUCUAAUCGCUGAGUUUGAAAAGAACGACCGUCCGGGUCAGGAGAUACGGAUUGAAUUGGCGAAGCGGCUGAAUUUAAGCGAGCAGCAGGUCAGAAAUUAUUUUAAUAAGAGGCGUAUCAAACUGAGGCGUGACGAAGAGUGGGCAGAGGCCCGGAAAGUGAUCACAAAAAUACCACGAAAGAAGUUCGAGAUUCUGGACAAAAUAGCAGCUGAAAAAAAGAAAUCGCCUACUGAGUACAUGGUGGUGAGUUCAGCUGUUUAUCAUAAUCUUUACGGAACGGACAAAAUAAUUUCAGAUUGCCGAAAAACUUGAAUUGUCCUAUGACACGCUGUGUAAUUACAUCGACUGGCGGAAGUCGUUAACGGUUCCCGCAAAUAAGGUUCCAUUGAAACAACCGGUCAAAAUGGAAAAAUAA